CUUUUAAUUAUGUGUUUUAGAGUGACUUGCAGCAUGAGCACCAAAAGUGAGAAAUUAGAGCUUGCGCGAAAGAAGCUGAAGCAGUACAAGAAAAGUAAGGGAGCAGUUCCUUCUGAACAAGACUCCGUGAAUGAAAAUCACCAUCUUUCAUCAAAUUCGUCAUUAAAUGGAAAUUUAGUUGCGAACUCUCCUGGUCGUUUUAACUCGCCAUUACCUGCAGAGCCCGACUAUUUCUCAGAUCACUUAAAUAAUGUAUACGGAAGUCAUCAUUCUAACUUUAACGAAAGCCAGGGGUAUGUGAUGGCGUCACUGCCUCCUCCUAAUCCUACUCCGAAUACUAAAAUCAUGCCCGCGAUGCAGUUUGACAGCGCAGAGGAAAUUAUGACUUUGAAGCAGGAACUCACGGAGGCUGUAAGUACAAUUAGUCGACUUAUGAGUGAAAAGACACAGUUAGAAUCUUUAGUUGAUGCGACUAAAGCCUACUAUACUGAACAUUUUACGAAAAAUGCAGAAGCUUAUACGCAACAGCUUACCACAUACCAACAAUCUAUGCAGAAUGGGUUCCAAGAGGUAGAGAAAAAGUAUAAUCUGGAAAUCGAGUAUCGUAAGAAAUUAGAAGACCAAAUCGGAGAGUUCCAAGAAAGCCAAGAGAAGCUGAAAAAGGAAAAUAAAGCUCUCGAAAGUGAGCUGGAGAAAAGAAAAGAAAUAAUCGAAGAGAUUCAGGAGAAAUUACUCACGAAAAAUAAUGCAGUGCAUAACCUGGAGAUUAAAAACGAAGAGAUGACAAAUUCUUUGGAAUUGGCAAAUUUAUCUUUAAAGCAGCAUAGAGUGUCAUUAAUGAAUUUGGAAGAUAGCCAAAGCAAAGACAGGAAAGCAAAAUUUGAGAUGGAAAAGAUGCAGGCUCAGUUAGAAAACACCAAAGAAACUGCGCGCGAGAGUCAAACUCAAAACAACAGCUUGAAAGCAGAGUUGAAGAACCAAAGAGCCCUGCAUGACAAAGAAAAAAGUGAGCUAAAAAGCGAAGCUUUCGGUUUGAAAGAAAAAAUUGAAAGCCUUACUUCAGAAAAGUCUUCCUUAGCCAAGCAAGUGGAAGAAUUGAGCGAGGCAAUUCAAAGCGUGGAGGCAAAGUACAUGUUGAAAAGCGAUGUCGCUGAGUUAAGUUCGAAGAAUCAGCAAUUGAUACUAGAAAAAGAAUACCUGUUGUCGGAGAUAGAAUCUGGCCAUAAAAAGACCGAGAAAUUGUCAGCAGCUCUGAGUAGGCUAACGAAACAAAUAGAUCAAUUGGAAGAAGAGAACAAAGCAUUGAAGUCACAGAAUUCAGACAAGGCCACUUUGGUGGAGAGAUCGGAAAUCGACCGAGUGACAAUAAGCAGAGCAUUGAGUCAGAAUGCAGAGCUUAAGCAGAUGUUAGAAGAUAGUGAAAAUAAACGAGAUGAAUUCUCUGCGCAGGCAAAAACAUUGCAAGACAAGGUGGACACACUGGAAAGCAAGGCAGAAUUGUACGAUUCGACACUGCAAGAACUGUUUCUUACCAAGAAUGAAUUGGAAAACAUAAAACAAGAGUUUGAAGAGAGCAAAUCUGCUUUGGAAGCCAUUAGCAAUGUGCAAAAGGUAUCAACAGAGACGAAUACUGAAGGGUUUGAGGACGGAGAAAAAAGAGCAUUCUCAGACAUUGGCGUAGACCCUAUGGAGAACGAAAUUUCCGAGGAGCUGACAGCGGAGGUUUCAGUUGAGCUGAGAGACGUUCAGACAAACACAGAGGAAGAAUAUUGUUCAACAACGACAGCUGAAACAGGAACAGAGACAAGUGAAGGAAGUAUGAAUACUGUGGAGACUUUGAAGGACAAAUGCGCCGAGUUGGAACAGCUGAAAGCUACUUGUGAUGCUAGAGAGCUGGAUAUAUCACACUUGACUGCUAGGAUAUAUGAAGCAGAAACGAGAAAAGAAACUGAAACACGAGAGCAGCAAGAGAGGGUUGAAGCAUUGCAAAAGGCACUUACCGAGAAGACUGCAGUCAUCGAAAGAUUGGAGUCCAAGAUAGAGGAAGAAGAAAAGACAAUGGAACAAAGUAAAGCAGUUUCGUCUAGCGAGAGCAAGUCUUUAAUGGAUAAUUAUCGAAAGCUGCAAGUGAAAAUGCAGGCCUUGGGCAAAGAGUGCGAGGUGCUACGCUUCCAGAAUCAUCAGCUGGAGACUACAAAUGCCAAACUGGCAGGCGAGAACGACACGAUUGGAGACUAUAUUUACAUGUAUCAUGCGCAGAGAGAAGCAAUGAAAAACAGAGAUCGAUCCAAGUCGGAGUGCAUUGAGAAGAUGAUGCACGAGAAAGAAAGUCUGACAGAGAAGGUGAAUAGUUUGCAAUACUUGCUCACAAGUAUUCUUACCAUGGCAACCACGACUACCACUCAACAACAUCAUCAGCAGACUCAAUUGUCAUCUACAGAAGAGGGUACAGGCACUGAGGGUGAAAACAAUGAUGGCAACAAAGUUGUGCAACAGCCGAAUGUGGCUGAAUUUCUGACAGCACAAGAGAAUGGGACUGAAAUUUCAGAGAACACACCGAAUAAUGCGGCCAUGUUGAAUAAAGAAAUCAGGAACAAGAUGAUAGAGGCGCUAGAAACUGUCAAAAGCGUAUCCAUUGCAACCUCAGAGCAGAAUGAAAAUCUGAGCAGGCACUUUUCCAAUUGUAAAUGUUGUGAAGGACAGAUUCUAAUGGUGUAGCUCAGCUAACUUUCCAUGAAACUGUGAACAUUUUAGCAACUGCAAUUUUCCUUUUGUGAUAGUUAGGGUGCAUAAUAAUGAUGAAACGGCAUUUUCUUUUCCCUUUGAGUAUAAAAUGUAUAAAUUGUUAAGUCACUAGAAUUAUCAUUGUAAAUUACAAAAUCAGUCAUAAUUUAUAUUGGUGCUUCGA